AUGUUUUCUACGGCAUCCAGAUCGUUAUUAUGUUGCACGAACAACAUAGGAACGCAUCGGGCUUUAGCAGCCAUACUAGCAAAGAGUUCGGCCGUUGAAACAUCGUUGCUGUGCAGAGAUUACCAUGAUGUCACCGGUAAUAUUCUCUGCCCUAAUGUUUUGCGAGGCAUUGACCAUUUAAGAGAUCCUCGACUCAACAAGGGUCUCGCUUUUACUCUGGAAGAGCGCCAGGCACUUGGCAUUCACGGCCUUUUGGCAGCCAAGUUCAAAAGCCAAGAGGAACAAAUAGAAAUUUGUAGAAUAUCUAUUGACAGAUACGAAGAAAAUUUGAACAAAUACCUCUACCUCGUCGAGUUACAGGACAGAAAUGAGAAGUUAUUCUUCAGACUGCUCGCUGAGAACAUUGAGAAAUUAUUGCCAAUUGUAUACACUCCCACGGUGGGAUUGGCGUGCCAGAGAUUUGGUCUUAUAUACCGAAGACCCAGAGGUCUCUUUAUCACCAUCAACGAUAAAGGACACAUAUUUAACAUUUUGAAGAACUGGCCCGAACCAGAUGUGCGCGCUAUAGUUUUCACCGACGGCGAACGAAUCUUGGGUCUCGGUGACCUUGGGGCUUAUGGUAUGGGAAUUCCUGUUGGGAAACUCUCGCUGUACACUGCAUUAGCAGGCAUUAAGCCGCACCAGUGUUUGCCGAUCACUUUAGACGUUGGAACUGACAAUCAGGUAGGCGGUUUUUAUAUAAUUGUUAUACCAUCUGAAGGUACAGCUCUUUUAAAUUCAUGUAUAAAUAUAGAGUUAUGGCCCGAACCAGAUGUGCGCGCUAUAGUUUUCACCGACGGCGAACGAAUCUUGGGUCUCGGUGACCUUGGGGCUUAUGGUAUGGGAAUUCCUGUUGGGAAACUCUCGCUGUACACUGCAUUAGCAGGCAUUAAGCCGCACCAGUGUUUGCCGAUCACUUUAGACGUUGGAACUGACAAUCAGGAUCUCCUCGAAGACCCGCUAUAUAUUGGCCUGCGACAGAGGCGUACGAGAGGAAAAGAAUAUGACGAGUUCAUUGACGAGUUUAUGGAGGCGUGUGUACAGAGAUACGGACAGAACACUUUAUUACAGUUCGAAGACUUCGCCUUAAUCAAUGCGGGUCGUUUGCUGAAGAAAUACAGAAACAAAUACUGCACGUUCAACGAUGACAUUCAGGGCACCGCCAGUGUUGCCGUUGCUGGUUUAAUGGCAGCUGUUAGAGUGACCAAGAGGAAGUUGAGCGAAAACAUUUAUUUGUUUUUGGGUGCAGGUUCCGCUGCCAAUGGUAUUGCAUCUCUGACAGUAGCGGCUAUGGUAGCUGAAGGCUUAACAGAGCAGCAGGCGCAAGAACGAGUGUACAUGUUCGAUAUCGAGGGCUUACUGUCUACAAGACGUGAGGGUGGAGUACCCGAACAUGCGAAGGCGUUUGGCAAGGAUGUCGAGCCCGAGUCGGACUUCGAAGCAUGUGUUGCGAAGAUUAAACCUAGUUGUCUGAUUGGUUGUUCCACAGUGGGUGGUGCCUUCACCCCGAAGGUUUUACAACAAAUGGCCGCAAACACACAUAGGCCCGUCAUCUUCGCACUCUCAAACCCCACCAGCAAAGCGGAGUGCACAGCGCAAGAUGCCUACGAUAACACUGAAGGCCGCUGUAUCUUCGCAUCUGGUUCUCCAUUCCCACCAGUUAAGUACGACGGCAAGGAGUACCACACAGGCCAGGGCAACAACUCUUAUAUCUUUCCCGGCAUUGCGCUCGGUGUCAUCACGACUGCCACGCAUCACAUACCAGAGACUAUGUUCUUGACUGCUGCUAGAACUUUAGCUAAUUAUGUAAGUGAAGCAGAUCUCGCCAUCGGCCGUAUCUAUCCAUCGCUUUCGGAACUGAAAGAAGUCUCCAUUGCCAUUGCCAUUGAAGUCGCUAAAAUGGCUUACGAUGAAGGUUUGGCUUCUGUAUAUCCCGAGCCGAAAGAUCUGGCAAAACACGUGAACAACCAAAUUUACAGCUACUACUACGAGAGCUCUAUGCCAGUGGUGUGGGAUUGGAAACCGGAAGAGAAAUUCAAUGUCAGACCUAUUCAACCUGUACCCAAGAACAUCUAA